AUGAUAGAAACUACAGCAAAUAUAAAUUUCGUACCGUAUUAUUAUGUGAGAGACUUUUGCGAGUCAUCCAUGUGCUUCUACGAUUCAAUUGACUUUCAUGCUAUCGAAGAUUUCAAUGAAAACUUCAAAAUGCGUGAAAUUGGUGAAAUCGUACCUCGAUUUUAUCGUCGCAUUUGCAGGAAAUACCAUGUGGAAUAUAAGCUACUAAAUGGCACCAACUUUUUUGAUAUCAAGAAUAAUAAAAUAUUUACGAAGACAACUCUAGAUCGAGAAAGGAAUUCGAGUCUUAAAGUAAACAUUCAAUGUAACAUUAAGAUGGGAUCAUUUGUAUUUAACGAUACGAAAGUCUUUAACAUUUCCGUAAUUGAUGUGAAUGAUAAUCCAGUCAAAGUACAAGAUAAUCAUAAAGUAACAAAUGUGAAACUUGAUAGCCCGAAUUUUACGAAGAACAAUAAUGUCAGCACAAAAAUAUUAUUCCUUGAUAAUGAUACAAUACAUGCAAAUAUUGAUGAUAUCGAGUUUCAAAUUAUGAAUGAUAAAGAGGAAAUUUUCGUAGAAUUUUGUACAUCAUACAACUCAACAAACAAUAAUAUUUCGUCAGCUGCAUAUUCAUGUGAUUUGCGGUACACAAAAACAGGACACUUUACGUCAUUUCCAUACUGUAUUGUUCUAAAAGCAAAGGAAGUCAUAAAGAAAAAAGUUCGAUAUGAAAAUGCUACAAUUUGUUUCGAGCGAGUUUUUGAACCCCUUCCAAAAGCUGAGAAACUUACUAGUGAAGAUAAAAGCAGAAAAGCGAGAGGAAAAGCGGAAAAUUCUGCAGCAUCAGGAAAAACUGCCAAACUUUUAGCAAACAUUGAAUACCCAAAUGAGGUUACUGUACUACAAAAUGCUUCACGAUUGGCUCAUGUUACGGAGCCGAAAAGUAAAAUCUCGGAUUCAAAAGUUGAAUUUAGCAUUGACGAUACGCAUUUGCAAGCUUUCGACAUUCUUCAAACCGGUGGAAUAAUUUACGUAGCAGAUUCAUCGAUUUUACAAUCAACAUUAGAUGCAACGUACGAUAUUCAUGUUACAGCUGACUUUACGGAACAGAAAAUUUCUCAAAAUUUCACAAUCAAGGUUAAAGUUAUCAAGGCAUCCAAAGAAUGUGCAGAGCCAAAAGAUGAGCAUGAUGAAGUUUUCUGUUCACAUUUUGAAUUUCAAAAUGAUUGCGAAAAGUCAUGUGGAGCUGGCUCGAAGAAUGGUAGAUGUAAAUGGAGACCUUACACGCCUCAAGAAAAUGAUACAAAAACACAUUCUUCAAGCUACCCUACGUGCGUACCGGAUAUUGAAACGUGUGCAAACCGAAUAUGCGAUGCAUUGGAAAGAUAUGCAGAAGAUAACAAUGAGUUUAUGUGCUCUCAAGAUUGUGCGACUAGUAAUAAUAUUCAUGCUACACUUCCUAAGCAAGGUCGUGGAAUUGGAAAAGUUGUCAUAGGAAAUAUGUGUGCGUGCAAUAGUGGAACGUGCUUUUGUGAUAAAGGACAUCGUACAACCACAACAACAACAACACCAGAUCCACCAAUAACUUCAGAAACUCCAGAUGAUAUUUCAUCAAUUGUUACUGCUGAAAAAACUGGCUUUAAAAGACAUCCUGAAUGUGGCACAGUUUGUUUAUUCAUAAUGAUUGGAUCUCCAUCACUCCUUGUCUUAAUGAUUAUUAUAUUAGUGACGAUGAGACGAAGGUAUGUGAAGAAAAUCAAAAAGAGAAUCCUGACAAAUGGACCAUCAGUUCAUUAUCGAGGAAGCAAUGACACAGAGAUCAUAAAUAUCAACAUCAUUAAUGAAGUACAGAAGGAGAAUUAUCUACAAACUUAUCACAAGUUUGAUUUUGAUGCCAAAUGGGAAUUUGAUCGUGACAAAUUGACGCUAGACACGACAUUGGGUGAGGGGGAGUUUGGAAAAGUUUUGAAAGCUUACAUACAGGAAAUUGAUAAGGAUAAUUCCAUUCGAACUGUUGCUGUUAAGACUAUUAAGACGAAAAACAAUUCUGUUGAGUUACUAGCCUUAUUAUCUGAGUUCCAAUUACUUCAAGAAGUUUCUCAUCCUAAUGUCAUUAAGCUUCUUGGAGCAUGUAUAAAGAGUGAACCUCCAUUGAUAAUAAUUGAAUAUUGCUGCUUUGGAUCACUUCGAAGCUACUUAAGAUUAAGUCGAAAGCUAGAAGAAGCUGGGGAUUUAAAUAUUGACGGAGUUGAACCAGUCACAGCAACAGAUGUACUUUCAUUUUCAUGGCAAAUAUGCAAAGGAAUGUCUUAUCUAGCUGAUAUUAAACUUGUUCAUCGUGACUUGGCUGCAAGAAAUGUUUUACUUGCUGAAGGCAGAGUCUGUAAAAUCUCAGAUUUUGGAUUAACUAGAGAUGUUUAUGAAGAUGAUGCAUAUUUGAAAAAGAGCAAAGAUAGAGUUCCAGUCAAAUGGAUGAGUCCCGAGAGUCUUGCUGAUCAUGUUUAUACUGCAAAGACUGAUGUGUGGUCCUUUGGUAUUGUUGGCUGGGAGAUUAUUACAUUAGGAGCUACUCCGUACCCAGGAAUUCCACCCCAAAACCUUUAUCACCUUCUUAGAUCUGGUUAUCGUAUGGAACGACCAGAGAAUUGUUCUCCAGAAAUUUACAUGUUACUUGAGGCUUGUUGGGCUGAUGAUCCAAUGAAACGUCCUUCCUUUAAAGCAUUAGGUGCUAAAUUUGAAAGCUUGUUAGGAAAAUGUGCAAAAUAUUUAGAUGUUGAUAUUGUUGAUGGAGCUAUUUCCAAUCCUUUAUAUUUGUCGAAUGUUGAUGAAAUUGAUAUACAGAGCAAUAAGACGGAAGAAACAGAUCUUGAUUAUAAGAGAAUUGAAUUAUUAUGGAAUCCACCCAAAUUCAAAGCUGAUAUUAAUAAGGUUGAUAAUAAGAAGUAUUUAUUGAAAUACGAUGAUCAGCUUCAGUUACUCCUUGCACGCUACGAUAAGCCAAAGCCUGUUAAUGAUGCUACUAGUUUCCGUCAGAAACUUCGUUAUCAAAAUGAUUUUCAUACAUUCAUGAAGCCAAAUCGUUACAUUAAUUCAAGUCAGCCAGAUCUAAUCUCAAUGUCGGACACUGAUCGUGAACGAUUAAUGGAAUCUCGUUAUGAUACUCCAAGUAUAAGGCGUAUGAGAAGCUAUAUUGAAAUGAGGAACAUAGCACGAGCCCGAAGGUCAUCAAUCUCAACAACAGCUGAUAGUUUUGAUGAUAACAAUAAUGAAAUGCCUUGUAAACGUACCACAAUAAAUGAGAAUUUAGAUUUUAAUGAUUUAGACAAGCUUUUAAAAUCAGAUAAAGAGAUAUCCUUUAAAUUCUCAUCUGUAAAUAAUCUUAAUGAUAAAUUGACAGAAACAAAAUGUUAA